AUGACAAAUUACAACAGCAAGGGACAUGGUCCAUACGGAUGUGAGGACCCAUAUGAUCUGCUACCUCACCGCAGUGGUUCAGCCAUUCCUAGCUCCACGCAGCACGAAGCUCAACGCUGGUGGGUUGGAGGCGAGUUGGUCGACCGAACACUCCCAAAGUAUUCACAGCAUGAUCAGCGUGGCCGUCAUUCGCCAGUUGUGAUCAGCGACGACGACAGCGGCGGCUACGAGAUACCUCAUCCUGUGCCGCAGGUAGCCGGCGUUGGUCAAGCUUCGAGGAGCGCGCGAUUCGACUUCAAUAAUAGUGAGCAGACCGUACCUUGGGCGGAGAGACCACACAGCGGCUCGCUUUACAAACCACGCUCGCUCGUUGACGAUGCCGAUGCCGAGUUGCGAUCGUAUCUGGCGGAAAGGUCGAUCUCCAAUGGAUUUCUCGUUGAAAUUGACCAAUUUCUACGCAGUCAUCCCGAGAUUACCGAAUACCCCGAGGGCCGCGACACCAUCAUGCAAAUGAACUCUUCGUCACCGUUGGAGGCGUACAAGUUCUUCCUGCGUGGCUACACGAGACCUGCCAGGUACAUUGAUGGCAUAGUGAAGUCGGAAUACUUCACACUACCUACCAACUACCCAUAUCGACCACUCCGCACGAAGGUGGAUCCAGAACUUGUGGAGUUUUUUGACGGGUUCGACUACAGGUGGGACAUCAUUGAGCGCAUUGACAAGAUAGUGCAAACAGGUAUUUUCGAGCUCUCGCGAGGUAGACUGCUACCCUGGGGCUACCGUCGGCUCAUUUGUUAUGCUGUCUGGGGAAACCCAUCGGACGCAUACAAGUGGUUUGAGUAUCACCUUCAAGAGGAUUACCUUCCACACAGAUACCUUCCGGAGCAUGUGGUUCUUGGUCAUGUGCCGAUGCUCGUAGGGGAGGGUGAUCCGCAGCCUUCUUCGCUCGGUACAUCUGGGCGCCACAUGGACGUAAGGUUCCGGAUGGCAAGAGCUAAUGAUAAAGGCAUCGAUGUGCUUCAAGUCCUUAUGAAAGAGUUCAAGGCAGCUCUCGUUCGCAAGGGUUUCAGACGCAUGGAGAUUGACACCAUGUACGAUCGUGGUAAAGCUCGGCUGGAAAAUGAGCGACAAUAUCCAACAGGCAAGUGGAAAGAAUGGAGCGUGAGCGUGCUGUAG